AUGGCUGCUCUCAUCAACGUUCGUCGCGAUGUCAGCGACAGCUUCUAUCGCUACAAGAUGGAGCGCCUCCAGACCAAGGUCGAAGGCAAGGGCAACGGUAUCAAGACCGUCGUCGUCAACUUGACCAGCGUCGCCCAGUCGCUCGAUCGUCCCGGCGCCUACCUGAUCAAGUUCUUCGGCUUCGAGCUCGGCGCUCAGACCAACAUUGACCCCAAGGAUGACCGUUGGAUCAUCAAUGGUGCUCACGAGUCGGCCAAGCUCCAGGAUCUCCUCGACAUCUUCAUCAAGAAGUUUGUUCUGUGUCAGAAGUGCAAGAAUCCCGAGACCAAAGUCGACAUCAAGGACGGCAUCAUCGAGCUCGACUGCAAGGCCUGCGGUGUCCACUCCUCCGUGGACCUGCGUCACAAGCUGAGCGGUUUCAUCAUCAAGAACCAGGCGACAGCCAAGAAGAACAAGAAGGACAAGGCCGAGCGCAAGGCCGCCCGCAAGGCCAAGCAGAACGGCCAGGCCAAUGGCAAAGGCAGUGACGACGACGACAAGUCCGAUCACUCCGCUGACAAGGACAAUGGUGACAGCGGCAGUGCCAACGGUGACGCCAACGGCGAUAUUGCUAGUGACGAUGAUGCUCUCACCCGCAAGAUCAAGGCCGAGGCUCAGGAAAUCAAGAGCACUGAUGUCGUCAAGGAUGAUGAUUGGGCCGUCGACAUGAGUGAGGAGGCCGUCAAGGCCCGCCAGCAGAACCUGCCCGGCGAGUUCAAGCAGAAGCUUGUCAUUAACGGCGACGACGAGGAUGAAGAUGGCGAGGGUGGUGGCAACACCGUCUACGACCAGCUGGGCGACUGGAUCCAGGAGCAGGUUGAGGAGAAGGGAAGUGUUGACAAGGUUGAUGGUGUUGAUGUCUACGUCAAGGCCAAGGAGCUGGGCAUCGAGACAAAGCAUCGCACUGUCCAGGUGCUCGUCCUGACCCUCUUUAACGAGAACAUCCUUGUCCAGAUCCCCAAGCGUGCCGCUCUGCUGACCAAGAUCAUUGGCGAAUCUGAGCGUCACCAGAAGGCUCUGCUCGGUGGUACUGAGCGCCUCAUCGGUGAUCGCAUGAAGGAGACACCCGAGUUUCUCGAGAAGCUCGUCAAGAUUCUGAUGCUCUACUACCAGCACGACCUUGCCUCUGAGGAAGUCCUGCAGAAGUGGGGAAGCAAGGCGAGCAAGAAGUAUGUCGACCUGUCUACUUCUCGCAAGAUCCGCAAGGCUGCUGAGCCCUUCAUGAAGUGGCUGGAGGAGGCUGAGGAUGAUGAGUCUGACGACGACGAUGAGUGAAAGCCGGAUUGUCCGAAGGGGUGUACCGGUCAAGGUCGGAUUUCAAAACAUUUCGUUUGACUGCAUUUUUCUUACCCCCUACAUCCUCUUGUAUUGAUUGUGUUUGCUUUGCGCUUCCCACCCCCAGAUUGUCGUAACUGUGGUGAGGUGUCAAAUGUUUUCAUUCUGCUUUGUUUCUUUUUGGUCGCAGAAAAGUUCCGGCCACGGACAACACUUGGCUUCUGUGUACGAUUUUAGGUAGUCUCCCAUUCAAUUUCACUGCUCACGAAUUAUUGCUGUGUGAUG